AUACAUCCACAACUUAAUUUUCCACCAAUUUCUACUACUAACUAAUAUUUUCCAUCUUCAAACUCAUUGAAAAAACCAUGGUCCUCAUUCUCUAAUAAGCUCUCACAUUUUUGUGACCAAAAAAUUAAUCAUAAAAAAAAUGGCAUACACUGCUAGCUUUUUGAGUUAUGGAGGACCAACAUUCUUUACUGUUCAGCAGCAACCAAUAAGGAACAGUUUCAUGGCUAAACAUCAUAACCAUGCUGGGGUGAUGAAGGGUUGGAGAGUAAAACCUGGUAGCAAUAACACAACCAAAAGGGUAGGCGUAGUAAGGUGCAUUGGCUUAGGAGAUUUCAUAGGUGGAGACUUGGUGAAAUUUGACAUUGGACGUUGGCUUUCAGAUGUUGAAGAACACAAAGCACUUGCAAUAUACUCUCCCCAUGAAGGAGGCUAUGAAGGUCGCUAUUUGUCACGUCUCAAACGCCAAGGUUACUAUUUCCUUGACCUUUCAGCUCGUGGCCUUGGUGAUCCUGAAACCACCCUCACCAAGAUUCACCCUGUUUGCCCUCCUCAUGUUGGCAAGCAGCCAAUAGCAAGGUGGUAUUUUCCACCAGAAGUUGAUUACAGAUUAGCAGCAUUGCCACCAGAUGCCAAAGGGCUGGUGGUGUGGAUAAUUGAAGCUAAGGUUCUCUCUAAGGCAGAACUGCAAUUCCUUGCUUUGCUGCCUUCACUUAGGCCUAAUGUGAGGGUCAUUGCUGAAUGUGGAAACUGGAGAAAGUUUAUGUGGAAGCCACUAAAAGAAAUUGCGGGACUAACAACCAGUGAGGAAGCUUGAUGUUGCUACAUUGCUACUUAUCAUCUUUGAUUUUCCAACCGUCAACAAUGAAGUACAUAUCUACACAACUGCAGAAAAGAAAGGACGGUAGAAAGAUACAGGAAAAUUCAAGUUCCAUGUAAAUAAUUAUAUCUGCCUUAAAUCAUGAGUGACACAUUCUCAAGGUUUAAUUUUGUCAAAACACAAAAAUGCCCUCCAACAUGGUGUUCAUGAAAUUCCAUUUCAACAAAAAUUUUGCAUGUCUAAGUUACCCUUAAAUAAACAACUGCAUCUUA